CGUCAACCAUCCAUAAUCCAUCAUCUUGCCCUUUAAUGGCUGGCAGAAGUCCCGGUGACACCUCUCAGAGCCUCCGUUUGCCUCGCAGACGCGAUGGCUGCUCCGAAUGCCGACGCAAAAAAGUGAAAUGUGACCUCCGGAGGCCAGUGUGCUCUAGAUGCAUCCGAUUCCCUAAAGAGUGCAGGUAUGACUCCAGCUUUGUCGCUGUUCGGAGUCACUGUAGAAAACCAUCUCCAGUGCGUGGCAAGUCGAGACACCCAUCACCAGCCGAAAGGAGCGUCAUACAACUCCAAGCAUCGCUCAAUCCAUUGGAGUGUCUGACACCUACCGACUCUCACUUUUUCAUGCAUCACUUUGCCACUCAGACAAUUCGAGUUCUUUUCCCUCUUGCCCCGCCUGUUUUUGGUCAGACAUUGGUGGCCACUGCGGUGGAAACGCCGCAUCUUCUACACGCACUUCUCGCAGCUUCGUGCAGUCACCACGCUCGACUUGUCCAGGAACCUUCAGCUAAUCAACUGACAAUCUUAAGAUUUACCGACCUCGCAGUUACGGGUCUCCGUGCUGCACUGGCUAAUCCUGCCGAGACUCUCAAGCCCGAAACCGCCAUGACAGCGAUGGUAUUAUGUACCAAUGAUGUGUGUAAUGGCAACGCUCGAACUUGGAAGGUCCAUUUGUCUGGGGUAAUGCAAUUACUCACGGCCUUGCUUGCGAGGCAGAGGACAGCUGACGUUGAUACUGACCCGUUUUCGUUGUGUCUUCUCAAGUGGUUCGCUACUCUCGACAUCCUGGCGGGCCUCUCAGGUACGCAUGAAGGAUGUGUCAACGAUGGGCAGUACUGGAACCUGACUCGGAAUCCCAAUUGCGGCAAUGGCCACGUUGAUGAGAUCUGUGGCUACUCAACCCAGCUAAUGCCUCUGCUGGCGCGAAUCGGUCAGUUGGCGCGGCGGAACGUGCAUGAGCAGUCUAUAUUAGAAACCUUUACUGAGCCAUCCUCUGCCCUUUCCGAGGAAUUGACAGACGACGCACAGGAUCUGGAGAGCAGAAUACUCUCCAUUGCCAACCAGGCUCCAUCGGCCGCUACGCUCGCCUCCCAUGAUCAAGUUCUCGCAUCUGAACUGCACAACACACAUCUCACCUUCAUCCACUCCGCACUUUUGCAUCUCUAUCGCCGAGUCGAACUGCUUCCAAAAAGUCAUACCAAGGUCAGGGCGCAGGUUGCGGCCAUUCUCGACAACGUUCAGGCAAUCAGACCAUUCUCUCCGGCAAAUGUCCUAAUCCUGUGGCCUAUUUUUAGCGCCGGUUGUGAGACCGAUGAUCUUCGAGAACGCCAAGCUAUCCAAACAAGGAUGUUGAAUAUGCAGACCAUGGGCAUGGGGAACUUUACUAGAGCAAGGGAUGCUCUUGCUCGUUAUUGGGGGUCGGGCGCAUCCUCGCGCUGGGACGUCUACUUUGCAAAGUCUGGGCUGGAACUAGUUCUCUUUUGAACACACUUUAUACUGCCUUCGUCUCACCAUCUCACUGGUAAACUAUGGACAACAGAUGUCAUUCCCUGUGACAUUGUGAUGAUU